AUUAUCCCUCUGCUAUAUUAUCGUGUCUUACUUUCUCCAUCAGACUGUGCCGUUCUCCGGUCCUGUUUAUUUUCUUUUUUUCGCUCCAUCGUUUCUCCUUCUUUUUGCUUCUUCUUAAGAUCGCCCGAUUUCCUUCCAGAAUUGUCUCGUCAUCGCGUGGCAAAAUGGCGUCUGCAACGGUUUCCCCAUCCAAGAUCUCGCUGGCUCUCUUGGCUGCCCAGUUUUGGGGCCUCGCCGUGGCUGGCGUUUGUCAAGUUCCCCGGGACUCGUGCACUCUGGAUAGCUUCAAUGCCACCCUGCAGGGCCGUGUCCAGCCCCUCACUCCGUUCUCGCUGCCCUGCUUCUCCAACUACAAUGGCAAUGCUGUCGCCCGUGAUGAUGCUGCCUGUGCGAAUAUCCAGUCCAACUACGCCAGUCCCUGGCUGCGCACCAACACGCCCAAUGGCUACAUGAACAACCAGGACGAGAUGUGCUCGUCGGAUCCCAGCGAUCAAUGUCUACUGGAUAGUGCUGAUCCGACUGAUCCGUUGGCGUUUACCAACACCUCCUGCCGCCAGGGCAACAUGCCCUUGUACUAUGUCGAGGUGCAGCAGGCCAGCGAUGUCGUCGAGGCCUUCCACUACUCCAACUGCUCCGGCACACGCUUGAGCAUCAAGAACUCCGGCCACGACUAUCUCGGUCGCAGCAGUGGGAAGAACACGCUCUCCCUGUGGACUCGCAACCUGCGCGACAUGGCCUACAACGCUGCAUUCGUCCCCUCUGGCUGCUCGUCCAGCUACAACGCCAUCACCGUCGGCGCUGGCGUCAACUUUGACGAAGCGUACCAGUUUGCCGACCAGCACAACGUCACCAUCCUGGGCGGUUAUUCCUCCACCGUCGGUGUCUCUGGCGGCUGGGUCCAGAUGGGCGGCCACUCGGUUCUCUCGCCUGUCUACGGUCUGGGCAUUGAUCGCGUUGUCGAGUACAAGAUCGUCACGCCAGACGGCCAGUAUCGCGUCGCCAACGAAUGCCAGAACAAGGAUCUCUUCUGGGCUCUGCGCGGUGGUGGAGGAGGCACCUUUGGCGUCGUCCUCGAGUCCACGCACCGGGUCGAGCCGCAGAUCAGCUUCGUCGCGGCCAUCAUCAAGUUCGCCAGCACCUCGACCAACGUCCUCCCCUUCAUGGACAUUGUCGUCAACAACACCGUCCGAUGGGCUGAGGAAGGCUGGGGCGGCCAUAUCACCGGCAACACCCUCGUCAAUGUGUCUCCUCUGCUCUCCGUCGAUGAAGCCAAAAAGUCUCUCGCCGAUGUGAUCGCUUACGCUGAAGGCCAGGGCGGCACAGCCACCAUCGAGCAGUUCUCCUCCUGGUACUCCUUCUACACGAAAUACGUCACCUCCAGCUCCGUCAGCGUCGGCGUGACCCAUUUCGCCGGUAGCCGUCUCGUCCCCAAGGCCGUCUUUGAGACAGCCGAAGGCCGCAAGAACCUCAUGGACUUUUUCCAGCUCAUCCAGUCCAACGGCCAAUCACCCUACAUCCCCGUCGUCGCCCCAUAUCUGUACAACUACACCGAGGGCUCCACCAGCGCGACUCCCGCCUGGCGCUCUGCCAUCUGGGAACUGGGCUCCGGCACCGCCUGGGCCUGGAACAGCACUCUCGAGACCCGUGAACAGAAGGUCUCCUCGAUCCAGAACAUGACCGCCACCCUGGAACGCAUCACGCCCAACAGCGGUGCGUACAGCAACGAGGCGAACGCCUUCACCGAAGACUGGCAGGACGCCUGGUGGGGAGAAAAUUACGAUGAACUGGUCAGCAUCAAGAACAAGUAUGAUCCGCUGGGCCUGCUGAGCUGCUGGAAGUGCAUUGGCUGGGAGGAGGCCGAUGCGAAGAGCUCGUGCUUUUCUGCGUUUGCUUGAUACCCUUUUGUAUACUAUGACCAUGGCAUGUAUUAUGAUGUAUCAAUAAAAUUAAUAUAAACAAUUCGAUAUACUUCUCGCUUAUGCUAAGGAAUAACAAUCACAUUCUUCCCGUUCGACCCACCGCCCAAAUACUCCCUCUUCAUCGCCUCCGCCUCAUGCAUCCCCCACUCCUUAACCUCCACAUGCAGCCGAUUCUCAUGGAACAACUCCACAAACUCCUGCGCCUGCGCCGUAUCCGCAACCAACGACCCAGCCAGACUGAUAUCUUUAUAAAUCGUAGUCGCAUACGACA